AUGUCUCACGGCACCACCUCGGGUCCAGUGACGCAAAGUGGCAUAGAUCAAAUGAUACGCACGAAAAAUCCGGUCAUUGUUAUGGUCCCCGGCGCCUGGCACACACCAGCAGCGUUUGACCUACUUAACCCCAUUUUCCAGAAGCAUAAUUAUGAUACCUGGCCCAUUCAGCUUCCUAGCGUGGGAAUUUCCCCCGGCCUCCCCGAUAUGUCUGCCGACGUAGCCGCGGUUCGCUCGCACGUCAAGAAGAUUCUCGACAAAGACAAUCGCGAUGUUGUUAUUGUAAUGCACUCGUACAGCGCAGUUCCAGCCACAGAAGCAAUGAAAGGCCUGGGGAAGAACGAACGAACGGAAUCCGGGAGGCAAACUGGAGUCGUUGCGCUGCUAUAUAUAGCUUGUCUUUUGCCAACGGAGGGGAGAUCGUCCUCAGACCCAGGAGACGUGCCCCAAAUUAAACCCGUACUGCGCCUAAAGAAUCAUGAGGACGGCACGAGCACCGUUAAAAAUCCGAUCGAGGCCUUUUACCAUGAUGUUGAGCCUUCUCUCGCAGAAAGUUCCUCGAAGCAGCUAAAGGCACAUUCAGAUGGCGCCUUUUUGACUCCACUCACCCACGAAGCGUAUCGCACAAUUCCUUCCGCCUAUCUUCUCUGCAAGCAUGACAGAGCCGUUCCGCUAGCCGUGCAGCAAUAUUUAGCUGAUGCAGCGGGAAUAGAAAUUCAGGAGACGCUAGAUUCGGGCCACUCACCAUUCCUGUCGCAACCGCACCGUGUCAUUGACUUUGUUCUGAGAACAUUGGAGAGGUUUAAUAUAUCAUAGCGAGUGGGAUUCGAAUUUCUAGACUUGCUGCGAGUUCUCCACGUCAUUUGAGAUCAGUGUUUAAAGAAGUAUAUCCCCCAGUGACCCGUCAGAAAAUAGCCUUCAAUGAAAUGGUCGCAGGUUUCAAACCUCAGCUGCAUGACCGACCGCCGUCUUCCAUUGCCGAGGAAGUUUCAAGCGCUUGUAUAGAGCAUGAGCUGUAUAGUAAUAAUCACGUACUCUGUACUCAGUAC